GAACUUGGAAGACUCCACAUUGAAGGAAAAAAGGAGCCAAAACCAAAAAGUGGAGAAAGCAGACUGUAGUGCUAGCAGGGUUCGCGGUGCAAAUGGACGGUGCAGGCAAAGGGACAGUGACUCCGCUGGCCUCUCUCUUUCCGGUAGAGGAGGCUCAGAACGCUGCGAAGCGCGUGCAGGACGCGAUCGCUGAGAAGGAUAAGGAACUUGACCGUCUUCGAGGGUUUAUCGCGGACAACAAUAACCUCAUCAACCUUGUUCAGAAGCUCCCCGAAGAGCUCCAUCACGAUAUAAUGGUCCCGUUUGGGAAAGCAGCAUUCUUCCCGGGACGUUUGAUUCACACCAAUGAGUUUUUGGUUCUUUUAGGAGAAGGUUAUUAUGCGGAUAGAACGUCCAAACAAACCAUUGAGAUUUUGAGACGAAGAGGCAAGUCUUUGGAGUCCCAGGUUAAUUCUCUUGAGGCCAUUAUCAAGGACCAUAGAGCCGAGGCAUCAUUUUUCAGUGCCACAGCUUCUGAAGCGGCGGAGGGUCUUGUAGAGAUAAGGGAAGAUUACGUGGAGGAAAACUCAGUCAAACAGGAAUUUGAAUCUGGUCCACUGAAGCAAGAUGUUUCUGGUUUUGCUGGUGCUGAGAAAGAAAUAACUUCAGCUGAUGAUGAGGAAUUUACUCGCAUGAUGUCCAGGUUGGACGAACUAGAGGAGCAAGAGCUUGCUGCUGAAAGGGGUAAUCACGGUGAUGAAAACGAGGGAACUAUGAGUGAUUUUGAUGUGGCCUCAUAUCAGGGACCUAUUGAUGACAAUCUCCCAAAUUCAGAAGACAUCCAACGAACGGUGGAUCUGAAGCAGACUAAUGAUGUAACAACUAAAUUUCCUGAAGAGCAUAAGUAUCAAGAUGAUAUAGCUGAUUAUUUUGGAAGCCUUGCAUUGCAAUCUCAAGUUGGAGAAUCUUCAGAGGGUAAAACUAUGCCAAAAAAUCUGAAAAACUCUGAUGCUAGCGAAAAGUCAACUAUAUAUCCUGAACGGAAGACAGUUCAAGCAGGAAAUUCAUCGAAGGCUGAGGUCCAAUACCAAGCUUCACGCCCAUCAUUUGAUAGUCAAAAGGCCUCUACAAGCUCCAUUGGUGGGCAUGCUGACCAUACACAAGGAACUUCAAGAAUAGAAAAUUCAACUGCAUCACAGGUUGGACGCCAGACUUCAGAACCAUCAUUUGAUAGUCGCAAGGCUUUUACAGGCUCUAUCAUAGAGCAUGCUGAGAAUUUACAGAAAACUUCAAGAGAACAAAAUUCAACAUCAUCACUGGUUUCUGGUUCACAACCUUCGAAACCAGUCUCGAGAUUCAAAAUGCAGAGAAAGUAGCUGCAAUAUUUGGAAAAUGUUUAGGUUCUUUAAGUUGGCAAUGGUGAUGGCGUCCAUAUUCGGUCAAGGUCAACGAUGUCUUUGUAGAAUCAAAAGGGAAAGAGUUAUUGUAGGAUAAACCAAGAGGGAAAUGAGCAUCAAUGUUCAUUGGUAAAAGUGAACUGGGGGGGGGGUUUAGGAAUUGCUGAUGUUCCUGGACUAUGAUUACGAGUCAACAAAUUUUGCUACUAGUAUUUGCUCACGUGGAAUUGGGAACACAGACACUUUAUUAGCUAUAUAGAAUUUUCUUUUUUUUCGUAAUAAAAUAUAUAGAAUUUCUCGUAA